AAGAAGGAUAAUUUGCUUCAGAAAAACCGUGAAUACAGAUGGCGGCGUAAGGAGACACCUAAAUCUGUGGACUUGCCAACAAACCAAGGAAGCGGACGUGCGGACUGCAGCACUCUAAAUUCUAGAGAAAGUGCUGUCUCCAACUAUGAAAAUUCAGGUAAACAGCGGAGACAACCUAUAAUGACACCACGACGCCUCCCAUUUACAGAUCUCACCAAUGAGUGUUGCAGUGAGGGAGAAGCCGAGUUUGGGCAUAAUAGUGUUCAGUCAAUGACCAAAUUUGGUGGAAAAGUAACUGAUGAGCCCCAUGUUGCCUGUAGAUGACACUGUUUACUCUGCCAUCACAUCGUGUACUCAACAUUUCUCACACCAAUCUAGAGUUGGCGGUGUCUCUCCAUUUCAGACGAUCGAUAGGGGCUAUCAUAGUUAUGAAGGCAGUCAUGCUAAUACACAGGAUUCACUCACAUUGCAAGGUCAUGGGGAGCUAAUCGAAAGAGCAGCUAUGAUAGAGGAUCAGGAUGAUGAUGACGAAGAAAGUUAUAUGAUGAGAGGUCGAGAUAUUCCAUUUGAAUCGUAUCAAACGACCGCUGUACAUGUCGAUUCCACUACUGCUGUAGAUGACACUAUAUAUAAAAAUCUUCCCGCACGACCUUUAGUUCUACGGAGUGCUCCGAACUGCAGAUAUUGUAAUGCAAAAAGAUUCCAGUAUGAAUCUCCAGCUUGGUGCUGUAGAAAAGGCAAGAUUGUCAUAGCAAGCACUGGUGUUCCUGAUGAGUUGCGCAGACUUUUCACGGAUCAAAAUGAUGCAGAUGCGAUCUAUUUUAGGGAGCAUAUCAGGUAUUUUAACAGUCAUUUCUCUUUUACAUCUCUUGGAGUCACACUUGACCAAAGGUAUUGCAACGGUCGUUCUGGAGUUUACACUUUUCGGGCACAAGGUCAGGUCUACCAUCGUAUUGACCAGUUGCAGCCUGGUGAUCAUGGACGCCGUCACUUGCAGUUGUACUUCUAUGACACAGAUUUUGAUUUGGCACAUAGGGUUCGUCGUUCUCCGGAUCUUGAUGUAAAUCUCAUAAGAAAGAUAUUGCACAUUUUGAGGGAUAAUCCUUAUGUGCAUACUUUUAGGACUAUGGGAUCCGUUCAAAACCUGGAUGAGUAUAGAAUAUCCCUUAACACAAAUAUCAUCCUAGAUCAACGGGUCUAUAAUGCUCCCACUGCAUCCCAGGUGGCAGCGAUAUGGUUGAAGGGAAUGACCCUCAAAAUAGAUUUGACAGAAGUGUUGUUACUUAUGGAAGAGAGGAGAAGCCACGAUAUAUCAAGGUGUACCAAGGUAAUUAUGAUCCCCUGUCUUAUCCAUUGUUUUUCCCGCUGGGAGAGGUUGGGUGGAAUCGAUUUCUUCCAUACAAAGAUGAACCGUUCAAUGAGCACCCGUUUGCUAAUUCUACUGAACAACCAAAUUCAGAUGACGAAGAAAGCAAUUGGUCUGGUUCGUAUGUGUCAGCACCGGAAUAUUACUGUUUCAAAUUACAGAUCCGUGUCGGUAUAUUCAACAUUGUGUUGUAUGGGGGAAGACUCUUCCAACAAUUUGUGGUUGAUGUUUGGCUAAAAAUUGAGGGGAUGAGAUUGGAUUUCUUCCUAAAAGAGGAUACUCAGAAACUCAUACGUGCCGACUUGUACCAAGGUGUUGUUGACACCAUUGCAGCCGGUGAGACACGUGCCUCAAUGUCGGGUAAGAGGAUUGUGCUCCCGGCAACCUUUACUGGUGGAGACCGUGAUAUGAGGCGUAGGUUUCUUGAUGCAAUGGCAUUGGUGCAGCAUUUUGGUAAACCAGAUUUGUUCUUAACAAUGACAUGCAAUCCUCACUGGGAAGAGAUUACCCAAGAGCUUUCACCAGGACAAACUCCACAAGACCGCCCUGAUUUGGUAGCACGAGUUUUCAAAGCCAAACUAAGGGAUAUCAAGGAGCUUAUAAUCACAAAGAAAUAUUUUGGCAAGGUGACCGCAUAUGUUCAUGUCACUGAGUUUCAGAAACGAGGGCUCCCACAUGAACAUUUCCUCUUGAUCAUGGCACCAGGGUUCAAGAUGACAGGACCAGACCAAUAUGAUGCCAUUAUAAGCGCUGAGCUUCCUAAUAUAAGUGUGUAUCCUGAUUUACACAAACUUGUGGUCAAACACAUGUUGCAUGAUCCUUGCGGUCCGAAAAAGAAAGACAACCCUUGUAUGGUAGAUGGGCGUUGUAGAUUCCGGUAUCCUAGACAGUUUUGCAGUGAAACACAACAAGGGAGUGACUCAUACCCUAUCUACAGGAGGAGGCAAGAUGGACGACAUGUCAAGGUCAGAGGUGCUAACCUAGAUAAUAGAUGGGUUGUGCCGUAUAACCCUGGAUUACUUAUGCGCUACAACUGCCAUAUAAAUGUUGAGGCCUGCUCAAGCAUCAAGGCUGUGAAAUAUUUAUUCAAAUAUGUUUACAAAGGCCAUGAUCGUGCUUCAUUCUCUAUUGAUGCUGUGGAUGUUGUUGUCAACGAGAUUCACAUGUACAGAGAUGCACGAUUCAUAGGGCCAGCUGAGGCUAUGUGGAGGAUAUAUGGAUUUGACCUAUUUUCCAUGUCCCCGUCAGUACUACAGCUUCAACUUCAUUUGCCAAACAUGCAUACGGUUGAAUACAGAGGGUCAGAUAACUUAGAAGAUGUGGUGGCACGUGAGUCCUCAUCACGUACGAUGCUUACAGAGUAUUUUAGAAUGAAUGAGGUGAAUAUAUCAGCACGGAAAUACCUAUAUAGAGAAUUCCCAGAAUACUUUGUGUGGCAAAAGGGUAGCAAGGAGUGGACACCUAGGAGACAAAGAACACAGAUUGGAAGACUUGUUCAAGCUCAUCCUGGUGAAGGGGAGAGAUACUUUCUUAGAGUGAUACUCAACCAUGUCCGCGGUGCCCGGUCAUUUGAGGACUUACGUACUUACCAGUCCAUCACUUACCCGUCAUUCAGGCUUGCUGCAGAAGCAAGGGGACUUAUCAAGGAUGACAAAACACUUGAUGAUUGCAUGACUGAGGCGACGACUUAUCAAAUGCCUUAUGCACUUAGAAGGUUAUUUGCAACUAUUAUGGUCUUCUGUGAAGCGACCCAUAUACGUGAGAUGUGGGAGAAGCAUUUUGAUUCAAUGUCUGAGGAUUAUCGAAGAGUUAACUCAGAUAGCUAUUCUGUUCAGCAACGCGUGCUUAGAGAUAUCCGAGAUUUGGUUCAUUCCAUGGGGAAGGAUAUAAAAGGCUACGGCUUGCCAGAUUUGGAUGACUCUGCUCAACAUGAUAGUAGGGAGGUGAUGGAGGAAGCAUCCAUUGAGGUAGAACCAGGUCACUUGGAGUUAUAUGAAUCUUUAAACCCAGAACAACUAUUCGGCUUUGAGAUGGUCAUGGAGCAUGUAGUCAGCGGGAAAAGUAAUGUGUUCUUUAUUGAUGGUCCAGGAGGUACAGGAAAGACAUAUUUGUAUAAAGCUUUGUUGGCUAGAGUGAGAGCAAUUGGUCUAUUUCGAUUGCUACCGCAUCAGGCAUUGCAGCAUCAAUCAUGCCUGGUGGACACACUGCACACUCUAGGUUCAAGAUACCUAUUAAUUUGGAUGCCAACAGCAUGUGCAGUUUUAGUAAGCAGAGUGGCACAGCUGAGUUGCUUCGAAGGGCUUCCUUGAUAGUAUGGGAUGAAGUGGCCAUGACAAAGCGUCAGGCUGUGGAAGCACUUGAUAGAUCACUCCAAGAUGCUACAGGUUCUUCUUGUCUAUUCGGUGGCAAGGUUAUGGUGUUUGGAGACUUCAUACAGGUUCUGCCUGUUGUAAGGCGAGGAACUAGAGCACAGAUCACUGAUGCGACAUUACAAAGGAGUUAUAUUUGGGAUAGUAUUACAAAGAUAUGCCUCACUAAAAAUAUAAGAGCACAAUCUGAUCCAUGGUUCUCUGAGUUCCUAUUAAGAGUGGGGAAUGGGACUGAAGAAACUAUUGGGGAUGACUACAUACGCCUCCCUGAUGAUAUAGUUAUAGCUUACAGUGAGUCAGACUCAUCCAUACAAGAUCCCCGGGAAAAAAUUUCCUGCAGAAAUGAUAUUGGCAAAAAGAAAGAAUCAUCUAUAGAUAGGUUGAUAGAUGAAGUGUUCCCAUCACUUGAUCAGAAUUGCCCAUCUUCAUCAUUUAUAAGCAAUCGUGCUAUUCUAGCAACAAAGAAUGAGUAUGUAGAUGAGUUAAACGAAAAAUUGAUUCCUGGGUUUCCUGGCCAAGAAAAAAUCUAUUAUAGCUUCGACUCUGUUGAGGAUGACACCCGGAAUAACUAUCCAAAUGAGUUCCUGAAUUCACUCACACCAAAUGGAUUGCCACCACAUAUUUUAAAGGUGAAAGUGAAUUGUCCAGUCAUUUUGUUGCAUAAUCUCGACCCCCACAACGGCUUGUAAUUGAACUAGGCUUAUGAUUACAGCCUUUCAGAAUAACACUAUUGAUGCUGAGAUGUUGGUGGUGCACAUGCUGGAAAGAGGGUUUUCAUACCACGGAUUCCAUUGUGCCCAUCGGAGGAUCUUUCACUUCCUUUCAAGUUCAAGCGCAAGCAGUUCCCUGUCCGUCUUAGUUUCGCAAUGACAGUAAACAAAGCACAAGGACAAACUAUUCCUAAUGUGGGGAUUUAUCUACCUGAACCAGUUUUCUCUCAUGGUCAACUCUACUUUGCACUGUCUAGGGGUGUCUCCAGGGAGACAACCAGGAUUUUAGCCAAGCCAAGGACUGACCUUGAUCCAACUGGAAAAAGCACAAAGAACAUUGUGUAUCGAGACGUUUUAUUAUGAACAGCAUCACCGACGCCGCCGGCCACGCCAUCACUGCAGCUGUCGUGCCACCAUCGCCUCUGCCUUCUGCCUCACCAUCAUCGUAGUCGUAGCCUUACUGUCACCAUUUUGGAGAAAAGUUACUCAUGUCCUCAAUGGAUGAUGUGGAUGAUUCACCAUAUCAGGCCACCACGAAGAAGGAGCAUCAUUAUGUGGGGCACAAGAAUGCUAUGAAAAUGGUCUUUGAGUACAUACGUGAUAACCAUCGUGUUGUUGACAGUUACGUGAAAACGUUCAUCAACGAGAAAAGGCCAUAUAGAAAUGAUUCACGCUGGUGCUCUCCUGCUGAGAGAAUAAUGAAGAUCCACAAGGACAAAAUCUUCAAUGAACUCAAGGAGGAUAAGUCAUGAUUUAGUUUUAUCAUUGCUGUGCUUUUGCCAUGGAAUAAAAUUUGAAGUUUUGCGUUCAGGAUUUUCUUGUGCGUUACACAAGAAAACAUAAUUACUCCCUUGUAUGCUUGGCUUCAUAUAACUAAUAUGAUAAGAUUUUUCACGAGGAGCAGUUUAGUGAAUUGUUGAUUAUAAUUUUGUUUACGUCCGGUGCACAAUCUACUCUUGUAGAUUUUCCACUGCAAUAAUAA